GAGGUUAAAAUGAAAGUGAAAAUAUUUACAUUAGACGUGUUUGCCAGGAACUGCUGAGAACAGCAGCUGGUCUUUCUGUCUUUGAUAUCACUGAAAAAGAGGGAACUUCAGCUGUGAGGAGGACGUCAGUAACAGCCCAGUGGAGAAGAUGAGUUUUCUUAGUUCCUGGUUUAAUUACGGUUCGACUGAAGACCCCGCAGAACUGAAGUAUCUGCACUGUGUGAUUGAAGACUCACUGAAUACACAUCAGGAGUAUCUGAGAAAGCUGAAUGAACGAAUGCCCGGUCUGAGGGAGGUGUCUAAUGUGGAGGAGUGUGAUUUCAUCCUGCUUUUCCAUUCCAGCACUGACACUGAAGCAGCGCUGCAGAAACUUCAGGAGUUAUCAGACUCCAGGCCUGCUGUUCUAGUGGUUCUCCAUCACACAUUUGACCCAGACUGCACUGUACCAGACAGCAGCAGAGCAGUAACCAGAGAGGAAACUCUCACUGUGGACUGUCUGUUCCACGAGGAUAGAGGACUCCUGAGCUGCCAGAGGAACCAGGAAGCUCUGGAUAAAGUUACAGAGUGGAUAAAAUCUCUGGUGAAAACUCAAGGUAAAACAAAAACAUCCAACGCCCCAGAUUCAGAGCCCCAGCAGGAGAGCGAGAAUUCUGAACCGUCAGCAGGAGAGCCGGCAGUGUGUCCAGGAAAACUGAAGUAUCUGCGCUGUGUGUCUGGAAACACACUGAAAGCAGAUGAGGAAUAUCUGAGGAAGCUGAAUGAACGAAUACCCGACCUGAAGGAGGUGUUUAAUGUGGAGGAGUGUGACGUCAUUCUGGGUUUCUGUCCUGUUGUUUCUCGAGCUGGAACUGAUAUUGAAGCAGCGCUGAGCAAACUAAAGCGAUUAUCAGACUCCAGGCCUGCGGUUCUAGUGGUUCUCCAUCACACAUUUGACCCAGAGUACACUGUACCAGACAGCAGCAGAGCAGUAACCAGAGAGAAAACUCUCACUGUGGACUGUCUGUUCCACGAGGAUAGAGGACUCCUGAGAUGCCAGACGAAUCAGGAAGCAGUGGAUAAAGUUGCAGAGUGGAUAAAACCUCUGGUAAACAGUUCAUCGUUUUCUCAGACAGUUGGAGGCUUUUACAGUUAUUUGACAGGCCUUCUACCAUCAGGCCCCACAGCUCCAGACGCCCAGGAGAACGAAACAUCUAAACCGACAGCAGAAGAGGCAGCAGAGGCAGGAAAACUGAAGUAUCUGCGCUGUGUGUCUGGAAAAACGCUGAAAGCAGAUGAGGAAUAUCUGAGGAAGCUGAAUGAACGAAUACCCGGCCUGAAGGAGGUGUUUAAUGUGGAGGAGUGUGACAUCAUUCUGGCUUUCUGUCCUGUUGUUUCUCGAGCUGGAACUGAUAUUAAAGCAGCGCUAGAAAAACUUCAGCAUCUGUCAGACUCCAGGCCUGCGGUUCUAGUGGUUCUCCAUCACACAUUUGACCCAGAUUACACUGUACCAGACAGCAGCAGAGCAGUAACCAGAGAGAGAACUCUCACUGUGGACUGUCUGUUCCACGAGGACAGAGGACUCCUGGGAAGCCAGAGGAACCAGGAAGCUCUGGAUAAAGUUACAGAGUGGAUAAAAUCUCUGGUAAACAGUUCAUCGUUUUCUCAGACAGUUGGAAGCUUUUACAGUUAUUUGACAGGCCUUCUACCAUCAGGCCCCACAGCUCCAGACGCCCAGGAGAACGAAACAUCUAAACCGACAGCAGAAGAGGCAGCAGAGGCAGGAAAACUGAAGUAUCUGCGCUGUGUGUCUGGAAACGUCCUGGAUUCAGACAGGGACUUUUUGAGAAAGCUGAAAGAACGAAUGUUCAGCCUGAAGGAGGUGUUUAAUGUGGAGGAGUGCGACUUCAUUCUGCUCUUCUGUUCUGUUGCUUCUCGAAUUGAAAAUGAUAUUGUAGAAACGCUGAAAAAGCUUCAGCACGUUUCAGACUCCAAGCCUGCAGUUCUAGUGGUUCUCCAUCACACAUUUGACCCAGACUGCACUGUACCAGACAGCAGCAGAGCAGUAACCAGAGAGAGAACUCUCACUGUGGACUGUCUGUUCCACGAGGAUAGAGGACUCCUGAGAUGCCAGACGAAUCAGGAAGCUCUGGAGAGAGUUAAACAGUGGAUAAAAUUUCAGGUAAAACAUCAGUCACCGACACCAAAGAACAAAGCUCUAUACCUCCAGAAUUCUUUAUUUGAUCAGAUUAAAGAAAAAAUCAAAGGGAAAGCAGAAGAUGCAUCAAUGUGUGCAGAAUUAACAGAAAGGAACAAACAACUUGAACUUGAACUUCAGAGCAAGAACAAAUCUCUAGAAGAAAAGAACGCACUUCUGAGGAGGAUAAAGGAUAUAUUGGCACCAAUUAUCAAUGAAAACCACAGAAACCUGGAAGAAACACAACUCAAAUGUCUGAGUGGUCUUCUGAGUGAAAUAGAUAAGGAGCUGGACAGCAGAGCCAGAGAGGAGAAACUGGUGACAACAGAAAGGGAGAAUAAGCUCCUCCGAAUAAAUAUGCAGCUCCAGAGCAUAAAUGAGAACAACAGCACGCAACUACAGAGCAUGGACGAGAAGAGCACGCAACUACAGAGCAUGGACGAGAAGAGCACGCAACUACAGAGCAUGGACGAGAAGAGCACGCAACUACAGAGCAUGGACGAGAAGAGCACGCAACUACUGAGCAUGAAUGGGAGUAAGAGCACGCAACUACUGAGCAUGGACAAGAAGAGCACGCAACUACAGAGCAUGAAUGGGAGUAAGAGCACGCAACUACUGAGCAUGAAUGGGAGUAAGAGCACGCAACUACUGAGCAUGAAUGGGAGUAAGAGCACGCAACUACUGAGCAUGAAUGGGAGUAAGAGCACGCAACUACUGAGCAUGAAUGGGAGUAAGAGCACGCAACUACUGAGCAUGAAUGGGAGUAAGAGCACGCAACUACAGAGCAUGGACAAGAAGAGCACGCAACUACUGAGCAUGGAUGAGGAUGAGAGCAUGCAACUACUGAGCAUGGAUGAAAUCUACACGUCAGAUUCCCUUUCAGACACUGUGGGACGUAUUCUAGAAAGAAUGCUAACAAAUACCAAGGAAUACAGACAGAAGGGGGGCUGUUUUAAUGCCUCAUGUGUAGAACCUCCCCAAAACACACCUAACAGCAGCAUCCAGCGCUCUGGGGAGGAUGAGAGGCCUACAUCUGAUAGUGAACACACAGAAUUUUGGGUGUAGAAUGACUCUGAUGGACUAUGAUAAGUAAUAAAGUAUCCUCCCAUGAUACCAAUCACAUGACCAGUUGUCCAGGACAAGUGAAAGUUUGUGUUGGACAAACAGAUGAUGAAUAUACUCGUCUGAUGAGACAAGUAAAAACAGAGGGCAAACAAAUGACUUUACAGAACAGGACCAAUGUGUUCUGAGAGGAGUCAGCUCUUUAAUAAUAGUCAUUAUACCAUAAUACCUUAAAUGUGCUGGUUCCCUAGCAGAGUAGAUUACCAAGGCACGAGCGUAGUGGUUACAAACAGUGAAUAUGUUAAUAACAGCAGCGAAGCUAAUCAAUCAGAAUAUUGUUAAACCUCCAACAUGUCCCGGCAACAUGUUCAAUUCUAAGAGGGAACUAAGACAGAUUCCCAGUUGAAGAACAAGGGGUGUUUUGCGUUACCUGCACUGCGCACCCCAAUAUGGCUAAGAAGUAAGUAGCUACAUUAGCUGCUAAAAUAACCGUCAAACCACAUGGUUUACUGACACAAAGUGUCAUAAGUGUGCUUUUUUAUCACAAGUUUGAAAUACAUUGUUAUUGUACAAACAUUAAAAUAUAAAAAACUCACACUUUCCAACUUUCUCAACACUCUCCACUUUCCUUGUCAAGGACUUUGUUAAUGCAAGCUAAUAAGUGUUUUCAAUUUAAUGUCUUUUAUUGAACUUUAGUACUCCAUCUGGUUACUUAGCGCUAGCUGAUUUACCCCAGAAAGCAAUGUAAAUCAGUAAGAAGAGACGGAGAGGAAAGAAAGAGAGAGAGAAAUAAUAUAACAGUAACCCUGCUAACCCUAACCUGUGUGGAUUUAAAUGCUAGCAAAAACAGAGCAGGAAUUAGCUUUGUGCUACACGUAUAGUUUACAGCAGUAGUGUUACUGGUAAUGGUUCCUGCAUUUUGGUUCCAGAACAUACUGCAACUGCAUUUUGUUGGCAUGUAAUAAAUUAGAAAUUUAGGGAUGAACUGGGUUGUAUUGUCAGUUACACUGAGUGUGAAAUAAAGUUUCUUGAAUCAUC